AUGGGCGCGUCAAUAUCGAAGAUGAUGAAUAAGAUCUUCGGAUCCAAGGAGAUGAGGCUGCUGAUGCUCGGCUUAGAUGCCGCUGGCAAGACGACUAUCCUGUACAAACUCAAGCUCGACCAAGACGUCACGACCAUUCCCACCGUCGGCUUCAAUGUAGAGACAGUCACAUAUAAGAACACCAAAUUCAAUGUCUGGGACGUAGGAGGCCAGGACAAGAUACGGCCACUGUGGAGACACUACUUCUCCGGCACCCAAGGCCUUAUCUUCGUCAUCGACUCCAACGACCGCGACCGCAUCGACGAGGCCCGAACGGAACUGACCCGCAUCAUUCAAGACCGAGAAAUGAAGGACGCGCUGCUCCUAGUCUUCGCGAACAAGCAGGAUCUCGCCGGAGCAAUGCGACCCAAAGAGGUCUCGGAUAAGCUCCAACUAGAAAAGAUUGCAAAAGACCACGUGUGGAAAGUCGAGCCCAGUUGCGCGACAACAGGUGAAGGGAUUUUCGAGGGUCUGGCAUGGCUCUCAAAUAAUGUCAAGGUUCCUCCUACCAAAUAG